AUGCAGGUCCCGAUGAAGACCGUGUUUUUAAUUUUUGCCGUUUGCCUGAUGGCAGUCCUCUGGAGGGACACAUUUGAUCCAGAAUCUGUUCGUAAUGCCAGGGUGCUGGUGACUGGGGCUAGCACAGGCAUCGGAGAACAGGUGGCAUACCACUAUGCCAAGAUGGGCGCCCAGGUCGUCAUCACAGCCAGGAGGGAGUACGCGUUACAGAAGGUGGCAGCGAACUGCACAAGCCUGGGGGCCCAGAAAGCUCUGUAUGUGACAGGGGACAUGUCCCAGUCCUCAGACCCAGAGAGAGUAGUGAGGAUGGCUGUCGAACAACUGGGAGGUCUUGACAUCCUGGUUCUAAAUCACAUUGGAUCCACCCCAUUCGCCAUGUGGAACGGAGAUGGGGAUCACGUCAGGGAACUGAUGCAGUUGAAUUUCCUCAGCUAUGUGAACAUGGCUUCAGCAGCUUUGCCAGUACUGGAGCAGAGUGCAGGGUCUAUGAUCGUAGUGUCAUCUCUGUUGGGUAAGAUAACCACUCCUUUUGUGGGGCCCUACGCGGCCACCAAGUUUGCAGUGAACGGUUUCUUUGGUUCCAUGCAGCAUGAGCUAGCCAUGCAGCGCAGCAAUGUGUCUCUGACCAUCACCACACUGGGCCUGAUAGACACAGACUCAGCCAUGGACAAAAUCAGAGGAUAUACCAACAUGACGGCCUACCCAGCCAGCGAUGCUGCCCUCCACAUCAUCAAGGCCGGGGCCACCCACCAGAAGGAGUCAUUUUACCCUGGAUACAUCUACUUCGCCUGCUUGUGCAGAGACUGGUUCCCCUUCUUCAGAGACAUCAUCAUCCAGAACUCCUACACAUAUUGAAGGAGCCACCAUACCCCUAUUUAAGGAGGCACCUAAGCCUACAGGAAUGUGUGUGUCCUCAGGCCAAGAAUAGCAAAGCACUCUUUACUGGCUCAGCUGCCUUACCAACC